AUGAGUUCAAUCUGCAGUAAAUUUCAUUUUGAUGAUGAAAGCAGUUAUAAAAAGCUUAGAAAUGCUGCAUGUGCACGCAUAACUUUAUUAAAUGGCAGAAGAGGUGGUGAACCUGCUCGAAUUUUCUUAGCAGAUUGGUUGCAAGGAGAAAAUGAUGAAUGGAUUGAUAAACAAAGACUGAAAAAACUUGACAGUUUAGACCGCAUUUUAGUGAAGAGUAUGAAAGUUAUUUACAUGACUGGAAAAGGUAAUAACCAUCUAGUACCAGUAAUUAUUCCAGGAGACACGAUUCUUGCAAUGAAAAAACUUUCUAACGAAUGUUUCCGUAAAGUUGGUCGCGUUCUUGCAAGUAAUAAGUUUAUAUUUGCAAGCUCAAAAGGAUCUGAAAAUCAUGUUUCAGGGUGGCAUGUUGUGAACAAAAUUUGUUCAAAGUUAGUAUUAAAAUCACCAAAGGACAUAAUUGCCACCAAAAAUCGGCAUAGGAUUAGCACACUUUUUGCAUCUCUUGAUGUAGAAGAAAAAGAUAAAGAGUUAUUUUACUCCCAUAUGGGACAUUCUGAAAAAAUGAAUCAAGAUUUUUAUCAGGCUCCAUUGACAUUAUUGGAAUUAACACGUGUUGGGAAACAACUAAUGAAAAUUGAUGCUGGACAAUCUGAUGUGAUACAGGAUCUGCCUACAAAAGAAUCUUAUAAUGUUGUUGAUAAAGAAUCUGAUGAGAAAGUUGUUGAUAAAGAAUCUGAUGAGAAUAUUGUUAAGGAAAAUGACUCUCACACUUUAACUUUAAAAGAUCUAUAUCUAGGUAGUGGUGUUUUUGGCAUUAAGGAGAAAGUUGGUGAUUUUCCUCUUAAGAAAAUUAUGGUUGAUAAUCCAACUUUAAAAAAUAAAUGUUCAUCAUCUAUAUCAGAUGAACAAGAAGAAAUAUCAGUAAAGGCAAUUGAGUCAAAUAUUGGUGCUAAUUUCACUAAAGUUUUUAACGGUUUAAACCUAAAAGUUUAUCCAAAAAGGUCACUCAAAAAAGUUAAUUAUGCAAAUGUAGAAAAUAAUGAAGAAAAGGUUCAAGAAAGUGAAUCUGAUUACACUAAUGAAAGCCAAGAUGAGGACAGUGAAAAUUUUGAUUUAGAUGAAAAACGAGAUCUUAGUUCCAAAUCAAAACCAAGAAAGUGGAGUGUAAAGCAGGCUGAAGCUUUGAAUCGUUACUUUGGGGAUUUUAUCUGCGGAAGAAUUUCUGACUGGCCUACUCGCAAAGAAAUAGAAGGUUUUCGAAUAAAAAAUGCAAUUGAUUUUCCUUACUCGAAAAUCCGCUCCAAAUUAGUCAAUGAUCGCGAGAAAAACAGACGACAGAUAAGUAUAAGGGCCAAACUUUCGGAUAAACGAUGCAAAGACAUGAACAUGUAGAUUGUUACUCAUGUAAUAAAAGUAUUUAUUUUGGCAA